AUGCGUGUCUCUUUAACAAGCUGUAAGCAGUUGGGAGUAGUCAAUCACGAACCCCCAGAUUCACUAUAUGGCGUAUACCUCCCCGACCUUCUAACCACCCUCGAGACCAAAGACUCCAAGCUCUUUCCCGACAUGUUUGCCCUCUCGCUACUCCUCCUUUUUUCUGCCGCUAAGCCGUCCAUAGCAAAUCGGAAAGAAUGUCUGAAACUCCUCUGCAAUCCUGAUGAAAGUGACUGCCAUCCCUGUACAGGCAUGUCCGUGGACGAACUCGGCACAUGGCGACGCUACAUUGACGCUCUGCUACAGAAUUUCAAUGACGAGGAGAGCAAUAAUGCUUACUACCGGCAGAUUCGGGAGGAGCCCUUUUGCUGCACAAUCUCACCUGGAGAGCGUUGCAUUAUCAAGCUGAUUAAUGAACCGAAUGUGCCGCCUCACAGGCUCUACGAAAUGGGAUGUUUGCGUCAAAAGGACUUCUGGAAGCCCUUCAGCUGUGAGUCGGCGAACAUGCGCUGUUGUAACUCAUCCUUCUGUAAUCUGCCUCUGAAGGAGGAAUUGUCGAAGUUGAUUGUCGAGGUGCCCAAAGACAACACCCUAAUUGUGAUUUUGUCCAUCUUUCUUGUCCUUGCUGUCCUAAUGCUUGUUGCCGGCUGGUGCUUCUGGCGGUGUCGAGGUAAAGCUGCCUCCCAAGCACCCGUUUCCAUGAUUGGUGCUGGGUGUAUCGGCGAUGCCACAGGUCACACGUCUCCGAGCGACACGCACCCUUGGCACAUGGUGGAAUGCGGUGCCAGUGGCGCCUCCAUGGUAAGCGCUAUACCAACCGCUACCACCGCCGCUAAUGCCAGCGCCGUCGCUGUCAACGGGGGCGUUCUUAACGCCACCGCUGCGAAUAGUGGGGUCAGUGUCGCAACCACUCUCAUCGACUCAGUCCCUCUCCAUCCCUCUCGCACGCCCUUUCUGAUGGCUAGUUCCUCCAUUUCCUCUGUGGUUGCUGUACGACCUCCUCGGGGUCUUGGAGCGAUUCCAACAGGUGUUUCGUCCUACCACAACUCCAUCGGUGGUUCUACGGUCGUCCGGGGCUCGGAGGUUGUUGGCCUUGGUGGUGGCGGCGCUUCCUAUACAGCUGCUAGUGGGGGUGCUUCUAUGCUCCCCGCCUCGUGUUCUGCUCCGCCUGGGGCUGGUGGCACUCUGGAAAUCACUCUAUCGGGAAGUGGGUCGGGUGCGGGUCAGCCACUGCUAGUGGAACGCACAGUUGCGCGUCAGGUCACUUUGAGUGCACGUAUUGGCGAAGGACGAUAUGGCGAGGUCUGGCUCGGCCGACUGCAUGGUGAUCAGGUGGCUGUGAAGAUAUUCUCCAGUCGGAACGAGAACUCGUGGAUUAGAGAGAAGGAGAUCUACGAGACAGCAACUCUGCGUCAUAGCAACAUCCUGGGAUUCAUCGCUGCGGACAACAAGGACAACGGAAUCUCAACGGAGCUCUGGCUAAUCGCUGAGUAUCAUCGUCUGGGUUCGCUCUACGAGUUUCUCCAGUCGCACGCCUUCACUCUUCCCGCCCUCAUCAAAAUGGCCUCAUCCAUUGCCAACGGACUGGCGCAUCUCCACAUGGCCAUUGUUGGCACCUCGAAAUUACUGUCUGACAUGUGUGCAUUUUUCUUUUCGAAGGGCAAACCACCAAUAGCUCAUCGUGACCUCAAAUCUCGAAAUAUUCUGGUAAAAGCGGACGGUGAAUGCUGUAUCGGGGAUUUGGGCUUUGCCGUGAAGUACGACAGUCUCACCGGCAGCGUAGAUAUCGGUCACAACACGGAACGCAUUGGCACGAAGCGGUACAUGGCACCGGAGGUACUAGAUAACACCCUCUAUGCCCAUUCUUUCGAUGCCUACAUGCAAGCGGAUAUCUACUCGCUGGGUCUGGUCUUUUGGGAGAUGACUCGACGUGUCUAUGUUGCUAAUCUCUACGGUCCUGAGGAAUAUCAGCUUCCCUAUCAGGAUAACGUAGGCCCUGAUCCCUUGAUCGAAGAGAUGAAAUCCGUGGUGUGUGAACUGGGCAUACGUCCCCAUCUGCCAUUGGUAUGGCAGACGGAUGCAAGUCUGCGGCUGCUUUACCACAUCAUGACGGAGUGUUGGUUUGCCAACCCUUCCCACCGUCUUUCAGCAAUGCGAAUCAAAAAGGACCUUGCGAAUCAGCGUCAACAACUCGGCUCUCCAAGGCAACCGGGUGAGACUCCACUGCCUCCACAUAUUCUUCGCCAACAGCCCUCCAGUCUAGAUGCCCUACCGCCCGGUUUAUUUGUCUAUCGAUCGGUGGAGGCCGCCAGCGCCGCAAGUAACGCCAACACCUCAACGUUAGAGACAAAUCAGGUGGGGGAGGCGGAGGUGGAGGCAGAACAGGCACUCCUUGCCUCCGGUGGACCCACUAUUCAACCGCCAAAUGUGGUUGCCACGGCAGCGGUACAGACGGAUGGUGCUCUGGUGGUUGUGGAUUGGGCCGCAGCGACUCGGCGCCCCCUCCGUGUUAUUUCAGCGGGCAGCCCUCGAAAGAUUUGA